AAAAAUUUCAUUUGAAAUUUCAAUUUCGACUUUCAAUUUUCAACCGGAAGAAUCCACCAUGGCUAUGGAGGUGGAGGAAAUCCAAACCGGCUUGGGAUUUCCGCAUUGGAACCCGAUUCGUCGCCGGUUCUUUCCUGAUGCUCCGUUCUUUGCAGCGGGCAACAUUGAAAGAGAACUCCUCGCUAAACAGGUUGCAUUGGAUUUGACGGAAGAAGAAAAACAGCAUAUUCGAAAUAUGGAAGAUAGGGAAAGCAGGGAAGUGUUUUGUUCAAUUGUUGGUUGUGGGGCACGUUUGAAAUCUUUGGACGACUUUGAAGAUCACUACCAUGCACGGCAUACUGCAUCUUGUUCAGUCUGCUCAAGAGUGUACCCUACAUCACACCUGCUCAGUAUACAUGUAUCUGAAGCCCACGAUUCUUUCUUUCAGGCAAAAGUUGCCCGUGGGUUUGCUAUGUACGAAUGCCUUGUUGAAGGCUGUGGUGUGAAGCUGAAGACCUACAAGAGCCGGCAGCAGCAUCUGGUUGACAAGCAUAAAUUCCCAUCUUCAUUCGAGUUCUUCAAGAAGGCCCGACCCUCAAAGAAACAGAGGCAAAAAUUGCAGCGUAAACAAGCAUCACACAAAACAGAAGAGGUUUCUACUGCAAUGCAAGUCGAGGAAGAAACACUUGAUGGUAUCAUCUCUGCAGUCUCGAAACUAAGCACUUCAGAUUCCCCUUCAUCUAUCAGCUUUGGCCAUCGAAAUGCUCAUGGUUUUGCUUUUACUCCUCGAGCUGUUCAGCGAGAAAGAAGAUCGGAGUUCUCAGCUUCUCAAACAAGGAGAUAAACCAAAUGUUUUCACUGCAAUCUCGACUCGCCUCGCCUCUUUCUAGAGAUCUGAGACGAACCAAUUGUUAGAAUAGCAUGGAUUUUUAUCCCCUCCUCCACAUCGUUAUAUCCUUAAUCCGUAUAAAAUUUCUCUUGCCACCGUUGUCUAUAGAGCAAAUUCUCUUUUGGGCAGUUACAAUUAUCUCGUCAGUAUAGUAUGGAAGUUUACUGACCUGUGAUUGUCUUUUUUGUGACUCCACGGUUGAGAAAUUAUUGAAUAUAGAUUGUGAGUCUCGGAAAAAAUUGAUUAUGGCACUCAAGUCUUCAACUUAUGAUUUCUUGAAACCAUGUUUUCAACUUUUUAAA